UAUACAUUAAUGUUAUCCUCGUCUAAUGCCUUUGUCUUAGAUAAAUGAUAAAUUAAGUAUUGUUUUAAUAUAAGUUAAAAUUAGAACGGAGUCGUAAACCGGAGUUAAUUCACCGUUAACAAUGUCCCACACGGUAGUGCGAGGCAAGCCUAAUGCCGCCCAACUGCACCUCGACACAGUACUUGACGACAUCCUGACCGCGCGGGGAGUCGAGCCUGGCCCGGAAGCGAGGGACACAGUCACAUUGUCAGAGAUCCUGUACCACUGCUUGAAGGAAAGGCCAAAUGAUUUAUUUAUGAUAAAUGGCGCGACUGGUGAAAAGUUUACAAAUGAGCAGGUGUUGGGAAAGGCUGUCUCUCUUGCUCGCGCUCUCAAAGCACAAGGUGCGAGAGGGAAGCACGCGCUGCUGCUCAUGAGGAACCAUCAAGAUAUGGUGACAGUCUACUUCGGUGUCCUUUUUUCAGGAGUGGUUCCAUUCAUGAUAGAUCCCAACUCCACGACGUACGAGCUGACAUACUUCGUGAAGCUGAUCGAACCUGCCUACGUGUUCUGUGACCAGGAGUUCAGUGAAUCUCUUCACGAGGCCCUCACAGGGUACGAGGGUCAGAAACCACAGGUAUUGGUGGCUGACAAACCUGAGGAACUGAACCAGUUCUCCAAGAAGUACGGGACUAAGGAGGGUCAUUUUGAAGUUUCGGCGGCAUCUAUGGAUGAUACCGCGAUGUUUCUACCAACUAGUGGGUCUACUGGGCUGCCGAAAGCGGUGAUGCAGUCACAUCGGGGGCUAGUGGCCCAGCUGCCUACACCGUGGUCCUACCACACGCAGUUCCCGACUCCCACGAGCCGCGUGAUGAUCCUCACCACCAUACAGUGGAUGACCUUCACGAUGCUGAUCACUGCCUCCACUGUGUACCACGUCCCCAUCAUCAUCUCACCCAAGAAGAACACGCCGCAAAGUGUGGCAGAGCUGCUGCAGAAAUAUAGGCCCACAUGGACGUUCAUGGCACCUGCGUUCGCCACGUCUCUGGUGCCAGUGAUAACUCCGGACCACUUGAGCUCGCUGGAGACGCUGGUGCUGCUGGGGGCACCCUCCACUACUGAACUUUUGGAUGCACUCAGGGAGAAACUGCCAAAAUCAGCUCACUUGAGUGACAGCUACGGCACGACGGAGACGCACGGGUUCAUCGCGAUGCCGGACCGAGCAGCGCCGCUCAAAAGCAACGGAUAUAUUGAUAACUUCUUAUACUACAAGAUUGUCGACGACGAUGGUAAACAGCUGGGACUCAAUCAGAGCGGGGAGCUCUACGUUAGUGGCGUUAGUGUUGUCAAGGGUUAUUAUAAGAACGAGGCAGCAUACAAAGAGACGUUCACCCCGGACGGCUGGUACAAGACGGGCGACGUGUUCCAUGUGGACGAGCACGAGCGGGUCGCCUUCAUCGCCAGGAAGAAGUUCAGCUUCAAGUUCCAGGGGUCACAGGUUUCACCUGAAGAAGUGGAGCAGGUGAUCAGCUCGGUACCAGGCGUGCAUGAGAGCGCGGUGUGUGCGACAGACAAGGGGCCCGCCGCCGCUGUGGUGCUGGAACACAAUGCGCGCCUCAGCAGGGACCAGAUACACCGCGCUGUUAACUCAUGCUUGAGCGAGCACAAGCGGUUGCACGGCGGGAUCGCGUUCGUGACGUCACUGCCUUACACGCACUCCGGCAAACUGAAGCGGAAAGAGUGCAGCGAAUUGAUUGCCGAGCUCAUUAACACAGGACAUUGCUUUUAGGGAGCUAUGUAUAUACUUAAGUAUAGAUGGUGAUAAAUUAACAUAGAAUGUAUGCAUACAUAUGUUGUAUUUUUGGAAGAGGUUUUAUGAAGAAGUAUGUAUAAGUAAGGAUAAUUUUACAAGUAUGUUGAUUACUGAAAAUUCAGUUAAAAGUUAAUUUAAUGCAGUUAAGAAUCGAAAUGUUAUUUU